UGUGCGCAAGGAAAGUCAACAGCCCUCUUCAAAAGACUUCUCCGUCCUAGGGCUCUGCCUCCCUCUCGCCCCAUACAACCUAUCUUACAACACCUCUUUGCGUCAGAGCUUCAGCUUUGGCUCGCCACAAAACUCUGGCCAUUAUUGGCGCUCAACCCAAGAGUUGCUGACUCGACAACGGAUCCCACUUCAUCGCCAAAACUUAAUCCGUACGAUUGAUUCACAAUGCCGCCCAAGAAGAAGAAUAACAAGAAGAACGACGACUGGGAGUCGGAGUUGGGCGAGACGCCUGACGGCGCAGCAGUUGCACCAGCACCAGAGACCAAAAAUGAACCGGCAGAGGCUGACGCGGAGGAGGAGUUCCCAGGUGGCGGUCUGAUGGCCAUGAUGCGGAAGAGACAAAAGAAGAAAAACAAGGGGAAACAAGGAGAAGAUUUUGUUGAUGGGGAGGAACCCCCAGCGGCAGAAGAGCGGCCCGACUUGACAGAAAAGGCACCAGUUGAAGCAUCAAUAGAGGAUGAAUUUGCCUUGCCAGAAAAGAAGGGCAAGGGCAAGGGGGGGAAAGCUGAGAAGAAAGAAGAGGAGGAUGUGGAGGAGAGAGGCGCAGAUGGAAAGGUUUUGACCAAGGCACAAAAGGAAAAAUUGAAGAAGGAGCGUGAGAAGCAACGGAAAAAGGAGAACGCUGCGAAGAAGAAGGCCGCUGCACCUGCUGCAAAGGCCCCUGAGCCAAAGCCUGUGGCCGAGACAAAGGUCGAAGAACCCAUCGCCUCUAAACCGGCUGCUGGUGGCAAACCUAAGAAAUUACCUGCCGCGCUUGCCAAACUGCAACGAGAACAAGAGGAACUGAGACGACGGCAAGAAGAAAAGGCCAGACUAGAAGCUGAAGAAAGGGCUCGGAUCGAGGAGGAAGAACGCCGAGAGGCCGAGGAGGAGCGGAAGAGGGAGGAAGCCAAAGCUUUGAAGAAACAAAGAGAGAAGGAGAGGAUCGAACAGCAGAAAAGAGAAGGGACAUACCUCACCAAAGCACAGAGGGAAGAAAAGCUUCGCAAUGAAAUGAAGCUGAAGCAAAUGAUUGAAGCUGGUGUUAAAAUUGGUGGUCUUGAAGGAGGGGAUAAGAAGAAGGCUGGCUUCGACAAAAAGAAGAAGGGUGGACGGAAGAAUCCUCAAGAGAUCAAGGCUGAGGAAGAGAGAGCUCUCGCUGAAGCAGCUGAACGGGCACGAAAGGAGGCAGAAGAGCGAGCGGCCGCAGAGGCCGCUGCCAAGGCCGAGAGAGAAGCUGCUGAGGCUGCCGCAGCAAAGGCUGCUGAAGAUAGUGAUCUUGAUGACUGGGAGGUCGCUGCCGCUGAAGAGGAUGAGGACCUGAAAGAAAGCUGGGAUGCUGAUUCAGAAGAAGAGAAAGAAAAGGAGAAAGAGAAAGAGAAAGAAAAAGAGAAAGAGAAAGCUGCUAGCAAACCAGCUGCACCGGCUGCCAAGACAGAGUCUAAGACUCUACCAUCCCGCGGAAAGAAGGCAGAAGAAUCAGAAUCCGAGUCAGAAUCAGAAGAAUCGUCCGAGGAUGAAGAAACCACCGCUACCCAAGCUGCAGAAGCCUUGCGGAAGAAGCAGGCCGCCGAGAGGCGAGAGAAGGCCCACCAAGCCGCAAUGGCUGCUAGAUCAAAGGAUAACUUACGCUCACCCAUUUGCUGUAUUCUUGGACACGUUGAUACUGGCAAGACGAAACUCUUGGAUAAAAUCCGACAGACCAAUGUGCAAGAAGGAGAAGCUGGUGGUAUUACACAACAAAUUGGUGCUACCUACUUCCCUGUCGAUGCCAUCAAACAGAAGACUCAAGUUGUCAAUCGUGACAACAGCUUUGAAUUCAAGGUGCCUGGUCUUCUUGUCAUCGAUACUCCUGGUCACGAAUCUUUCUCAAAUCUACGGUCUCGCGGUUCAUCUCUGUGCAACAUUGCCAUCCUUGUUGUCGACAUCAUGCACGGCCUAGAGCCGCAGACUCUGGAAUCAAUGAAACUUCUGCGGGACCGAAAGACACCCUUCAUCGUCGCACUUAAUAAGAUUGACCGUCUCUAUGGCUGGAAGAAGGUUGACAACAAUGGCUUUCAAGAAAGUUUGGCGCUCCAAAACAAGGGCGUUCAGAACGAAUUCGCAAAGCGUUUGCAAGACACUAAAGUGGCUUUCGCGGAGCAAGGUUUCAACUCCGAGGUUUUCUACGAGAACAAGUCAAUGUCCAAGUUCGUGUCUUUGGUUCCCACAUCAGCUCACACUGGAGAGGGUAUUCCAGACAUGCUGAAGUUGAUCGUUCAACUCACUCAGGAACGGAUGGUCGGCUCUCUGAUGUAUCUUUCAGAGGUGCAGUGCACGGUUCUUGAAGUGAAGGCAAUUGAAGGUUUCGGUAUGACGAUCGACGUUAUUCUAUCCAACGGUAUCUUGCGGGAGGGCGACCGUAUUGUUCUCUGUGGUGUUGAUGGUGCUAUUACGACCAACAUCCGAGCUCUCUUAACACCUGCGCCUUUGAAGGAACUCCGACUCAAAUCUGCUUACGUACAUAACAAGGAAGUGAAAGCAGCCCUCGGUGUAAAGAUCAGCGCACCUAACCUUGAAGGUGCAAUUGCGGGUUCAAGAUUGAUGGUCGUUGGUCCCGAUGACGACGAGUCAGAUAUUGAGGCAGAAGUUGAAUCUGAUCUCGGAGCGCUCUUCAGUCGUGUGGAGAAGUCAGGACGGGGUGUCACGGUGCAAGCUUCAACACUUGGAUCCCUCGAAGCGUUACUGGAUUUCUUGAAGGUCUCCAAAAUCCCUGUUGCAAAUGUAGGUAUUGGGCCUGUCUACAAGCGAGACGUCAUGAAUUGCGGUACUAUGCUUGAGAAAAACAAGGAGUAUGCCGUCAUGCUCUGUUUCGAUGUCAAAAUCGACAAGGAAGCACAGGCCUAUGCCGAUGAGCAGGGUAUCAAGAUUUUCACAGCGGACAUCAUCUAUCAUCUUUUCGAUGCAUUCACGAAACAUAUGGAACUCAUUGCCGAGAAGAAGAAAGAGGAGUCGAAACUCCUCGCAGUCUUCCCUUGUGUUCUCUCCCCCGUUGCAGUAUUUAACAAGACAGGACCGAUCGUCAUUGGUGUUGACGUUAUCGAGGGUAGCCUGAAGAUGCACACUCCCAUCGCAGCCGUCAAGCAGAACCCAGUCACCGGCGCCAAGGAGAUUGUGAGCCUUGGCAGAGUAACUGGCAUUGAGCGUGAUCACAAGCAGAUCCAAGUCUGCAAGAAGGGACAGCCAUCUGUAGCGGUCAAGAUCGAAAUGGGCGCCCACCAACCAACCUACGGCCGACAUCUCGAAGAGAAAGACACUCUAUACUCGCUAAUCAGCCGAGCAAGUAUCGAUACGCUCAAGGAGUUCUACAGAUCAGACGUUAGUAAUGAAGAGUGGCUGCUGAUCAAGAAGCUGAAGCCGCUUUUUGACAUUCCUUGAUUAAAACGA